AACGCCACCACCGCACGCGAAAUCGCUGGGAAAACAACGCGAAAUCCUUGUGACUGCUACCAGCCACCAGCACAGGCUCGCGCCGCUAACAGAGGAAGGCAAACUCCUCCGCUCUCGGCUAGCUCCAAUGAUAGGAGGCACCAACCCGCUGCCGUCGCUCCUCCUCCCCCCGUCCCCCGGCCGCCGCCUCGCCCCCGUCCCCGCUUUAUGCGCACCCGACCCCGGCGCGGCUCCUCGCGCCCCCGCCGCUCAGAGUCCGGUCCCCGAGGACCCUGGCCCGGCGCAACGACCGGAGGAGACGCCGCGCUCCCAGGCGCUGCGCGCGAGCUCGCAGCUCAGCCGGUGGUCCCGCGCGCGGGCGCUCCGGUCCGGGCGGCGGCUGGGCCGUGCGGCGCUCUCGGCGCCGAUGACCAAGUCGCCGCCGUCGUUGUCUGAGGGCUCCGCGGCAGUGGUGAGUGCGGUGGCGGUAGAGGAGGACGGCGGGGAUGACGACGUGUGCUUGGCUGAGAGGGACGCGGCGGCCGGGAAGGCCAUCUACAUGGUGUCGGACGGGACGGGGUGGACCGCGGAGCACUCGGUGAACGCCGCGCUCGGCCAGUUCGAGCACUGCCUCGUCGACAGCGGAUGCGCCGUCAACACCCACCUCUUCUCCGGGAUCGACGACAUGGAUAGACUUCUUGAGAUAAUAAAGCAAGCGGCAAAAGAAGGGGCCCUGGUUCUAUAUACCCUUGCUGAUCCUUCAAUGGCUGAGGCAACUAAGAAGGCCUGUGAUCUCUGGGGUGUUCCAUCCACUGAUGUUCUUGGACCUACUAUUGAAGCCAUUGCUUCUCAUAUUGGUGUUGCUCCAUCUGGAAUCCCACGAAGUUCUCCAAGCCGAAAGAAUCAACUAUCUGAGGAUUACUUCCAAAGAAUUGAGGCUAUUGAUUUCACCAUCAAACAAGAUGAUGGAGCUCAGCCACAGAACCUUAACCGUGCAGACAUUGUACUUGUUGGUGUUUCACGCACUGGGAAGACACCAUUGUCAAUUUAUCUAGCUCAAAAAGGAUAUAAGGUAGCGAAUGUCCCAAUUGUGAUGGGUGUGGAUCUUCCAAAGGCCCUUUUUGAGAUUAAUCAGGACAAGAUUUUUGGACUGACUAUAAACCCAGUGGUUCUUCAAGCAAUCAGAAAGACGAGGGCCAAAGCUCUAGGUUUUUAUGGGCACAAGAACAAUUAUGCUGAAAUGGAGCACGUGAGGCAGGAAUUGGACCAUGCAAAUAGAAUUUUUGCCCAAAAUCCAAUGUGGCCAGUCAUUGAAGUCACUGGAAAAGCUAUAGAGGAAACAGCUGCUGUUGUUGUGAGGAUUCACCAUGACAGGAAACAGAAGUGUUCCAUGCCACGAAUAUCAAAACGGGUGGCUCCAAUACUAGUCUACGAUUACCUGCCAGAGAUGGUUAACACUCAUGUUGAGUAUCACAAGAUAUUUGCUAGGGACUUUUAAGUCUACUCUGCUGCAGCAAAGCGAUUUCAAAAGUCCAAAACCUAUCCAAUCCGGCAUUUUUUUUACGUCUCCUGACUAGAUUAGUGUUGUGCAUAGAGGUUUCCAAAUUCAUCUUAGAUGAUUGCCUCGUGAGCUGUCAUUCUUUGUGUGUUCAUUUAGUUUAGGUUCAUUGCAAAAUAUUUACUUCUUUUCAAGAAGUCGCAUCCGAUUGAAAACAAUUCUUUGGAGUACAUCAGCGUCAUUUUUGUAUACUUGUGUGUGCAAAAUUAGCAAGGAAUGAAAACACAGUAUUAUCGCUCGUUCA